CUUCCUUUUUGGGAACCUCGAUCUUCUCCCUGUCACUAAAACCCUCGCUGAUUUUUUUCCCUCGCUCUGAAAUUCUAGGGUUUCCAUUUCUCCCUUGGAAAAAAUCAAAAUGGUGGCGGACAAGGCGAAGAAGGCCAAGCUCGCCGAGAGAGCUCCGGAGGAGAACGCCGAAGCCGAUCACAUUGACGGCGACCUCGUGCUUUCCAUCGAGAAAUUGCAGGAGGCUCAAGACGACCUCGAGAAGGUUAAUGAAGAAGCCAGUGACAAGGUGUUGGAAGUUGAGCAGAAGUAUAAUGUGAUACGCAGACCGGUCUAUUUGAAACGGAAUGAAAUAAUAAAAACCAUUCCUGACUUCUGGCUAACUGCUUUCCUUAGCCAUCCUGCACUAAGCGAUCUAUUGAGUGAGGAAGACCAGAAGAUCUUCAAAUAUUUAAGUUCUCUUGAUGUGGAGGACUUCAAAGAUGUUAAGUCAGGUUAUGCUAUCAGAUUUAACUUUAACGAGAAUCCUUAUUUUGAAGAUACAAAGCUGACUAAAACCUUCACAUUCUUUGAUGAUGGGACAACUAAAAUUGCUGGCACCACCAUCAAGUGGAAGGAGGGCAUGGGUACAGCAAAUGGAGCCAAUCACGGGAAAAAGGGAAACAAACGACCACCUGCUGAGGAGAGCUUCUUCAGUUGGUUUAGUGAGACUGAGCAGAAAGAUAUAGCUGAGUUUCAGGAUGAGGUGGCAGAGAUAAUUAAGGAGGAUUUAUGGCCCAAUCCUCUAAAGUACUUCAACAAUGAGGCAGAUGAAGAGGACUCUGAAGGUGAUGAAGAGGAGAAUGGUGACGAUGAUGACAAUAAUGGAGAAGAAGAUACUGAGGGAGAUAGCUAAAUUAUGUGGAUUGCUUUUCAGUUUUGUUACUCUUGCGGAACUGGGUCAGUAAAAGCACUAUGCCAUUGAUAUGAACCUUUUCUAGCUAUAUGGGAUGGCAACUCAAACUUCUACCUUGAUGAUGUCAGCUGCCUUCUGUCAGACUAUAAAUCAUUGGUCUAUCUUUUGGUUUGCAUGUUUAUGCUUAUAUGUAGAGUUUUAGCUUCAAUGUGACUAAUCUGCACUAUCCACAAAUUUAACUACACAGAUACAUUAUGGUAUACUUGCUUUGCUCUUUUCUGCUUGGGAACUGCCAAGUUUGCUCA